UCCUUUUAACUUAAAAGAGUACUGAUGUCCAAACUUUCUUUGUUGAUGCCCUGAUUGGUAAGAAUCAUUAGAACUUAUUAUAAUAAGCUUUAUAGAAGAGAGGCUUUUAACUUGUCCAUUUUCUUUUUCACGCUUUGUGAUUUUUGAUAGGUUGGAUGACUAUUUCCCACUCAAGAUUUGUUGAAAAUUCUGUUCUCCGAUCUAUCAGUCAGUCUUACUAUUUAAUCUUAACAGUAAAAGGGUAGAAAAGUAGUAUAAAAGAACAGAAAAAAUCAUGCAUUGAGAAAACAAUUUUUGCUCAAAUAAGUUUGAUCAUCAGCUAUAGAAGAAUAUGAGUGGUAGAUUGAUUAUCAAUUCAAGCAUCUAUUGUCAAGUAGCUUUCUUCCAAGUCAGCGUGAUCUAAGCUGCGUGUCCUCUUUAGUACGUCCUUAGACUAAUCAAGUCUUCCAUUUCAACUUCCAAGUUCCAAUUCCAAAUUCCAGCCCCCUUUAAGUGUUGGACUGCAAUUUUCCAAAUUAAAUUCAAUAAAUUUCGCCUGUGAUUGGGAAGAGAGGUAAAAGUCAGAGUAAGAGAGGUGACUAGAAAACAAUUUUCCAGAUUUAAAAGUUCAUUCCUCUACCCCUCUCCCAACUCUAGGGUUGUAAACUCUUUUCUAUAUCAUCACCUCCCCAACUUUUUAAAAAAUUUUAGUUACACCCAAUUUCCUUUGUCCUUCACUCUGGCGACAUUUGCAGUUUUUGGCGAUCAGAUCUCUUCCUUCUGGUGAUUGUCUUUUCACUUAUUGGCUGUUUUCAUUGAGGAUGAAGAUAAAAGGUUUUUGUUGACGAAGAUGAUUGGUCUUCGUCUGAUGAAAACUAGGACGACGGUGAUCGACAAAGGCCCUUUCUAAUAUUAUUCAAACAAAUAAUAUUCAUUUGAUUCAAAAGAAAAAUUUUUUGUCAUCAAUUUAAGCUCAUUUUCUUUUCGUUUAAUUCUUGUGGACUUUGGGCAGGCAAAAAAAUUUCAAGCUCCUACUUCCGAAUAUUAUUCAAACGAGUCAAAUACGCAGAUGGUCAAACUUCUGCAAAGAGUCUACAUAUGUGAGGAAAUUAGAUGCAGUGACCAAAGAUCAAAGUCUUCAGAGAAAAUCAUAAGUAAUUUUUUUUUGUCUUUUAAUAUUAAUUGCACAGUGGAAAUUAGAUAGAGAGUUAGCCCAACUCUACUAAGUUGCUGGCUAUAAAUAAGAGGGAAUUUGUAUAUUAUCAGCACAAAAUUAAAAAAGAAACAGACAUGGACAAAUUAAGCUUUGAAAAACUACUUACCUCCCUCUUCCUUGUCCAAUUGUUGUGUUUUGUUGCUUCUGCCUCUUCAGUAGAAGAGGCAAACGCUCUCCUAAAAUGGAAAGCUAGCUUUGAAAACCAAACAAAAUCUCGGUUAACUUCAUGGACUCUGCUUUCUCCUAGUGCCACCAACUCUAAGCCACUCACAACCCCAUGUGCUUGGCUUGGAAUUUCAUGCAAUUUAGUUGGAAGCGUCAUCAAAAUAAACCUUACUAGUUUCGGUUUAAAUGGUACGUUGUAUGAGUUUUCAGCUUCCUUUUUCCCAAAUCUUGAAUAUGUUGAUCUCGCAGUAAAUUCACUCUCUGGUGUUAUUCCAUCUCAAAUUGGUAACCUGUCAAAGCUCAUUUAUCUUGAUCUAUCCUUUAAUCAAUUCUCUGGACAAAUCCCACCUGAAAUUGGUCUCCUGACAAAUCUUCAGAUCCUGCACCUUGUUGAAAACCAAUUGAAUGACUCAAUUCCAUCUGAAAUUGGUCAGUGUCGAUCUCUUAAUGAACUUGCCUUGUCUAGCAACAGUCUAGACGGUCAAAUUCCUGCUUCUCUGGGUAAUCUGAACAACUUGGUGAGGUUAUAUCUCUUCAAUAAUUCGCUUUCAGGUUUCAUUCCUGUAGAAAUGGGAAAUUUAACCAAUUUGGUGGAACUUUACAUGGAUACCAACCGUCUUACAGGCCUCAUUCCUUCCAGUUUUGGAAAUUUUACAAAGCUUAUUGUGUUGCAUGCCUUUCACAAUCAACUUUCUGGUCCCAUUCCUGAAGAAUUAGGAAAUUUGAAGUGUCUUGAACAUCUAAGCCUUCAUACCAACAACCUUUUUGGCUCUAUUCCAGCAUCAUUGGGUGGCCUCAUGAACCUCACCUACCUUCAUCUCUAUGAAAAUCAGCUUUCUGGUCUCAUUCCUACAGAGCUUGGAAACUUGAAAUCUCUCACAGAUCUAGAGUUGAAUGUAAACCAAUUGAAUGGUUCGCUUCCUCCUUCAUUUGGCAAUUUGAUUAAUUUAGAAAUGUUAUAUCUUCGUCAAAACCAACUUUCUGGAUCCAUUCCUCUAGAAAUGGGAAAUCUCAUGAAAUUGUCAGUAUUGCAACUAGACACAAACCAGUUUACUGGUCCUCUGCCUAACAUUUGCCAAGGUGGUUCACUUGCAAACUUCACUGCAAGCAACAAUAAUCUCACAGGUAACAUCCCUAAAAGCUUGAAAAACUGCACAAGCUUGGUAAGAGUCCGUCUUCAAGUCAACCAACUCACUGGAGAUUUAGCAGCAGAGUUCGGUAUCUACCCAAAGUUGAGCUUCAUAGACAUAAGCCAUAACAAAUUCCAUGGUGAAAUAUCAUCAAAAUGGGGAAGUUGUCCAAAUUUAAGUUCCUUACUCGUGGCAAGGAAUAAUAUAACUGGAACCAUACCACCAGAGAUUGGAAAUGCAGCUCAACUACAAUCACUUGAUCUUUCUUCCAACAGUUUAGUUGGGGAGAUUCCAAAGACUUUGAGAAAGUUGACUUUUCUUACGAAGGUCAACUUAAGUGACAAUCAACUUUCCGGUGUUAUACCUCAAGAAAUUGGGCUACUAGUUAAUCUUGAGUCUUUGGACCUGUCCUCAAACAAAUUGAGUCAGGCAAUGCCGGAAGAUCUAGGAAACUUGCUCAAGCUGCACUACCUGAAUUUGAGCAAUAACAAAUUUAGCAAAGAAAUUCCAAUUCAGUUUGAGAAGUUAUUUCACUUGUCUCAGUUAGAUUUGAGUCAUAAUUCUCUUGGAGGAGAGAUACCAUCGCAAAUAAGCCAUUUGCAGAGCCUGGAGCUCCUAAAUCUCUCCCAUAAUUCUCUUACUGGUUCCAUUCCGAACAGUUUUGAGGAAAUGAGGGGUUUGUUGUAUGGUGACGUAUCCUACAAUCAGUUGAAGGGCCCUAUUCCUGAGAGCAAAGCAUUUCAAGAUGCUGAUAUGUUACAAGGGAACAAGGGAUUGUGCGGUAAUGUUCAGGGAUUCCCACCAUGCACAUCUCCUGUCACUUACAAACAUAAAAAUGGAAAGGUCAAAAAAUUGGUGUUUUCAAUUAUAUUCCCUCUUUUGUUAGUUCUUCUGUUUGCACUCGGGGUUUACUUAAUUUUUCAGAAAAGAAGGAAAAACAAAUCAGCUGAACAAAGCAGUGAGGAGGAUGGCGAGCUUUUCUUGGUGCCAAUUGUUGAUGGAAGAAUUUUGUACAAAGAAAUCAUGGAUUCAACCAAAGCUUUUGAUGCUAGGUACUGUAUUGGGAAAGGAGGAUACAGUAGCGUUUAUAAGGCCAUGCUGCCAUCAGGUAGCAUAGUAGCUGUUAAAAAACUCCACCCGUUACCAAAUGUUGAAAUAACACAUCAAAAGGAGUUUUUGAAUGAGGUCAAGACUUUAACGGAGAUACGACACCGAAACAUUGUGAAGUUGUACGGCUUUUGCUCAAACAAGCAGCACUCUUUUUUAGUUUAUGAGUAUCUUGAAAGGGGUAGUUUGGCCACAAUCUUGAGCAAAGAAGAAACCACUAAAGAAUUGAAUUGGUUCAAGAGGGUGAAUAUCGUCAGGGAUGUGGCUCAUGCGCUGUCUUACAUGCAUAAUAAUUGCUCUAUUCCAAUUGUUCAUCGAGACAUAUCAAGCAACAACAUUUUGCUUGACAAGGAAUAUGUGGCUCAUGUUUCAGAUUUUGGCACUGCUAAGCUGUUGAAGAGAGACUCAUCCAAUUGGACCGAACUUGUUGGCACAUAUGGAUACAUUGCACCAGAGCUCGCUUAUACAAUGGAAGUUACAGAAAAAUGUGAUGUGUAUAGUUUUGGAGUGAUAGCAAUAGAAGUGAUUAAAGGAAAGCAUCCAGGCGAUAUAAUCUCUGCUCUAUUGUCCCAUUUAACAAGUGAGAGCAUGCUGGUGAAAGAUAUUCUGGACCAACGACUUCCACUUCCUCCUCCUGAAGUUGAGGAGCAAGUGAUGACCAUUGUAAAGCUAGCAACUGCUUGCUUACAUGUCAAUCCACGAUCUAGGCCAUCCAUGCACAUGAUUUCCCAGACGUUAGAUCAGUUCUAGAGCCCUUUAUACUAUUAAAUCCGGAUAAAUAAAUUGUAUUGUAAAAGGUUAGGAUCAAGUAGAGGAAAUGUGAGGUUAAAAAAGCAACUGCUUCCACACUUAAUAAAUGCUCACAAAUAAACAUGGAGUUA